AUGGCCGCCUUUCAACACUUCGCGGGCGCUCAGUCCAAGUUCGACAUCCCUCUCCUGGCCGGAGACAACGCCUACCUCGGCGACGUCUUCUCCAGCGACCAAACAAACCCCGAGAAGCCCACAUCAGCCGGUCUCUUCCGCCUCAAGAAGGGCGAGCCCCUCACCUACACAUACAAGUACGACGAGAUGAAGAUCAUCCUCGAGGGCGACUACACGAUAGCCGACUCAACCGGCCAGAAGACCGAGGCCAAGCCCGGCGACGUUUUCUUCUUCCCCGCCGGCUCUACCAUCACCUUCACAACCACCGACUACGGCCUGGCGUUCUACGUUGGCCAGCGCAAGAAGAACGAUUUCUAA